GGUGGGCGCGCCACCUCGAUAUUUGGCGGUAUAGCUCAACGUUUCGCUCUCGGGCGCUGUACACAGACCGACAGCACUGCCAUACAUCCGACGAGGUGAGAAAUCACCUCUCGCACGCCGACGACGCGCCAACUAAGCAUCCGCUCUCCCUACCGCCUUUAAAAUCAUGGCCGACGAGCCACGCCGCAGCCCGCGCAAGCAGAAGCAGAAGUCUCUGGACUCGUUUUUUAAACCCAAAGCCAAGAAACCGAAGCCGGCGCCCGCGAAACCGCCCGCCGACGUAGCCGAGGCCGCGAAACCCGCCGACGGCAAGGCGCGCGCCCAGCAAAACAAGAAGGCCGCGCAGCAGACGCUAGCGAGGAACUUUUUGAAACCCUUACAGGACCAGGGCUGGCGCGACGCGCUCGACGGCGAGACCUCGAAACCGUACCUCUUCCAGCUCGCCCAAUUCGUGGCCAAGGAACGCAAGGCGAAAACCGUGUAUCCUCCCCCAGAGCACACCUUCGCGGCCUUAGACGCCUGCAAGUUGGAUGAUGUCAAAAUUGUCAUCGUCGGCCAGGACCCGUACCACGGUCCUGGGCAAGCUCAUGGGUUGUGUUUUAGCAUUGCGGACGGCGCGGACUGCAAGUUUCCCCCUUCUUUGAGAAACAUCUUCGUCGAGUUGGCUCGGGACCUGCCGGGGACGACGCUCCCCCCGAAGGGCAAGGGCGACCUUACGAAGUGGGCGCAGCGCGGCGUGUUGCUACUGAACUCGUCCUUGACGGUCCGCCGGGGCGAGGCGAACUCCCACGCCAAGGCCGGCUGGCACACCUUCACGGACGCGGUUAUUAGAACGGUCAAUAGAAGACAAAAAGGCGCCGUCUUCAUAUUGUGGGGCAAACCCGCGCGGGACAAGUGCAGUUCCAUCAACCGCACGCGCCACCGCGUCAUCGAGUCGUCGCACCCUAGUCCUCUCAGCAACACGAAGACGGCGACGCCGUUUACCGGUAGCGGCGUCUUCUCGCGCGCGAACGCGCUGCUCGGCGAGCUGGGCUGGGGACCCGUGGACUGGAACUUGUAAGUAUCUAUGGGGG